GGUUGACAUGUCUUGUUUUGAAAAUAUCACCGGAUGUUGUUGCUUAUCUCGCAUCGCUAGCUCGACUUUAAUGCUAAACAGGAGAACACGCAUAACGUCUGGUGACUUUUUCCUGUGCAACUGAACUACUCCAGUGGUCGGGAAUUCGUUUUUACAGUCUUAUGAUAAACAAAGAUAUUUAAGGACAGACAUGGCGCUCACAGAUGCUGACGUAAAGAAACAGAUCAAGCACAUGAUGGGCUUCAUCGAGCAGGAGGCCGGGGAGAAGGUGGAGGAGAUCGACGCAAAGGCGGAGGAAGAGUUCAACAUCGAAAAGGGGCGUCUGGUGCAGACCCAGAGGGUGAAGAUCAUGCAAUACUACGAGAAGAAGGAGAAGCAGAUCGAACAACACAAGAAAAUCAAGAUGUCUAACCUGACCAACCAAGCGAGGCUGAAGGUGCUGACGGCCCGCGACAACAUGAUCACGGACUUGUUGAAUGAGGCCCGUCAAAGACUUGCAGAGAUUGCCAAGGACCCUGCGAGUUACGCUUCCUUACUGGAGGGCCUGGUGCUUCAGGGUUUCUAUCAACUGCUGGAACCUAAGGUGACCAUCCGCUGCCGACAGCAGGAUGUGGAAACGGUUCAGGCCGCAGUAAAUAAGAACAUCCAUAUCUACAAAGAGACGCUGAAGAGCAACAUAGUCGUCCAAAUCGACCAGGAGCGCUUUCUUCCAUCAGAGAUCUGCGGAGGGAUCGAAGUGUACAACGACAACAGGAAGAUCAAGGUUUCCAACACUUUGGAGAACAGGCUUGAGCUGAUGGCACAGCAGAUGAUGCCUGAGAUCCGAGUGGACUUGUUUGGAGCCAAUCCCAACCGCAGGUUCACGGAUUAACAGUGGAUUGGAAGAGCGCUGUGUGUGAACCUUGAGGGCCACCAAAGAGCUUCAUCACAAGUCUUACAAUCCCUUACCAUUCAGGGUAUGGGAGGCUACUGCUGUGUUAAUAUGUCUUCUUUUUCAUUUUUGCACUUAUUGACUACAUGAUAUUAUUUAUGUGCCCUUUAUUUCACCUUUAAAUAUACCCGUUCCAAUUGUUUUGGAAAAUCUGUUACUCUUUGAUACUUUAUUUAGGAAAUCAAAGCUUUAUAAUUAGGUCACCAAAUAUACAAAUAUUCCUCACAUGCCUAGUCAAUUUUUUUUUUUUUACAGUAAAGCCUAUGUGGUUGGUUAUAAGGCAUGUUUGCCCAACAAUUCCUUUUUCUGUUUGAUUGCGUGUGCGUUCGGACAGAAAAAGAAAUGUCCAUCAUGGUUGUGAAGCUUCUAACAUAAACAAAAACA